GUUACUGUAUUUCUUAGGCCCUUCCGCCAAAGAAAGGAUCUUGCCCCUUCUCAUUAGUCCUCAGCCUAACUCCCAACCCUCGCGAGCUUUCGGUUCUCUCGCCCACCUUUAAAAGACUAUCAAAGCUCAACCCUAAGCAGUCUCAGCGAUCAUGGCGUACUCUUCAGCAGUUCAGGCGUCUCUUUUGGUGCAGUCAGAAGCUGAUGGAUCGCUGCUGAGGUCGAGAUUCAAGUCCAUAAAUAAAAUAGGUGACCAUGAUAAGCCAUGGAUUUCAUUCACGCCCUUGGACCUUAAAAGCAGGAUCGGCUAUUCAAAAUACCGAUGCAAUGUAUUGUGCAUGUCGGUGCAACAGGCCAACAUAAGGAAAGUUGAAGUUAGGCCGCUCGAGCUGGACGAUGCUAAGGAGCCGCCUCUCCAUCUCUACAAGACCAAGGAGCCUUAUACGGCAACGAUUCGUUCAGUUGAGAGGAUUGUUGGACCGAAAGCUCCCGGUGAGACGUGCCAUAUUGUGAUUGAUCAUGGAGGUAAUGUCCCAUAUUGGGAGGGACAAAGCUACGGUGUAAUACCUCCUGGUGAGAACCCAAAAAAGCCUGGAUCUCCUCACAACGUGCGGUUGUACUCAAUUGCAUCGACCAGGUAUGGGGACUCAUUUGACGGCAAGACAGCCAGUUUAUGUGUUCGCCGUGCAGUUUACUAUGAUCCCGAAACCGGAAACGAAGACCCUUCGAAGAAGGGUGUUUGCAGUAAUUUUCUUUGUGAUGCGAAACCGGGCGACAAGGUUCAGCUCACAGGUCCCUCUGGCAAAGUAAUGCUAUUACCUGAAGAUGACCCAACUGCUGCUCAUAUCAUGAUAGCUACUGGAACUGGAGUCGCUCCUUACCGCGGCUACCUUCGGCGAAUGUUUAUGGAAUCGGUGCCCAGCUUUCAAUUCCGUGGCCUUGCCUGGCUCUUUCUCGGCGUCGCAAAUUCCGACAGCCUUCUUUAUGAUGAGGAAUUCGGCAACUACCUUCGGGAUUACCCCAACAACUUCAGGUAUGUUAGAGCUCUGAGCAGGGAGCAGAAGAACAGGAAUGGAGGGAAGAUGUAUGUGCAGGAUAGGAUUGAGGAGUACAGCGAUGAAGUGUUCAGGCUUUUAGAUGGAGGCGCUCACAUAUACUUCUGUGGGUUGAAGGGCAUGAUGCCUGGCAUACAGGAGACAUUGAGGAGAGUUGCAGAGCAGAGGGGAGAGAGUUGGGAAGAAAAGCUUGGUGUUCUGAAGAAGAAGAAGCAAUGGCAUGUUGAGGUUUAUUGAGAUAAUAUGAUUACAUUCUUGUUUCUGUCAGGAAUGGGGUCUCAGCUGAUAUGAUUAUAUGGCUGUGGCAGAGUUAGGCUUAGUUCAAUCUGGCUCAACUUUGAUUCACUUUUAUAAAUUGGUUUAGCUUCAUGUGAAGAUUUAAUCAAUUUGACUGGGAUGAAAAUGUG